CUAUACUGACUACAUUAAAAAAGAUUUUCAUUAAGAUAUUUGCUUCAAUCCAUAGCCCACCCCAAACAUUGGAAAAUGCAAUGGCUCUCGCCGUGUGUUCACGCUGGCUUGCAUUAUGACCUCUUUGUGACGGAGAGACAGCAUUAGAGAUGUGUGUCUGAAUUUUAUCGAAAUGCUUAAUCGGAUCGAACCUAAACGAUUCAGUUAUGGUUUAUUUUGAUUACUAGAGGCGUUUUCCUUCUUGAAGUCAGCGAAGUACCUGUGUUUACUUAUUUUGUGUGCGUGUAAAAGAUCUUUGUGUUUCCCUCCAAAACACAAGUAACAUGCCGCUCCUUCGCAAGCAACCAUUUCACAGGCAGAAAAUACCAGAGGAUCUCGACCCGGAGGAAGAAGUUUUCCAUUGCAAAAUAACAAAUGAAAUUUUCAGAGAUUACAAGUAAGUAACGUCCUCGCUGUAAGACUAAUUUCUUGGGGAGGCCCUUUAAUGUUGAUUGUUUACAUUUACUUCUACAUUUAUUUCAUAAUUUUGAUGAUUGUAAAACAUUGUGUGUUGAGUCGAGGAAGCACAGCAACGACCUCCAUUGGAUUUUAAUGUCUAACUAAACUGAACCCUGACUGCAGCGCCAUUUUCCCUUCUCAUUUCUCAAACUCUAUCCUAAAUCUUUGUUGUUAAUUAAUUUUAAUGAGAGGCUUUUUAUUUCACUUUCAGUGCAUUCUUUGAGAGAAUCAUCCUAUGCAAUAGUCUGGUAUGGUCCUGUGCUAUCACUGGCAGGUCUGGCAUGACCUUUCAGGAGGCUGAAGAAUGUGAAGAGAAAGCUAAAAAGAAUUUAGCAACUUUUCAAGACAGUUUGAAGAAGCCUUUGCUAUUUUUGGCAACACUUACACACAGAAGUAGAUUAAAUGAUCUAAAUGAUGAUAUAUUUCUUUUUGCCAAGGAUCGCUUUUUCAUUGGAGAAACUCUUGAUUAUGUUUCUGGUAACCAGAGGUAAUUACCUUAUUUAACUUAUUUCUAUAGGGCAAUUGGGCUCAACAAUAAUUUGGAAAAUUAUUAUAAUUUAAUAGAAAUUUAGAGGGCAAAUCCAAAAAAAAAAAAAAAAUAGAUCUUUAAUGAAACCUUUAUCUUUUAAUUUCUAAAAUAGAAUUGGAUAGCACAAUAUAUAUAUAAAUAUAAGAUAGCUACUUUGAUACAACGAAAAUAAAUUUGAAGAAAAACCGAAUUAGUCUUUUUAGAAUAUAGUUUGUUUAAAUAGAAAAAAGAAAACAAACAAAAGAAGAAUAUAAAAAAAACAAUUUAUUAUGCUCGUGUAUGUUUUAAUGAUAAUUAUUCAAUUAUUUGCAGAAAUCCUUGUAAAGUUAUUGGUGUUGUGCCACCUAGAGAAGCAAAAUCAAAAUCUAAUGGGGAAGUCAUUGUCAUUGAAGAUUCUGAUGAAGAUUCCAAUUCUACUGUUUCAGAAUCCAAAAGGUUGACCUUAAAAAUGUUUCUUCCCAUUUUAUAUAAUGACUUAUUAAAUAUUUGUUUAAAAUUGAAGUCCUUACUCAAAAAGUAUACAUUGGUAUUUUUUUUUAAGAGUCUGAUCCUAAAUUGUUUUAUUGUGUAUAAACAGAGCAUAGUAUUUACCUCAACAGUUAACUCCUUGUUUUUUUUAAAUUGUCAGCCAAAAGAAGAAGAAAGGAGGUGGUAUUGAUCCAGUCAAGUAUCAAUACAUAGUGAAGAUUAUCGAUAGCUCUGACAUUGAAACAGUCCCAGCAAUUACAUUAUGGUAAUUAUCUCUCUUCUUUUCAUCAUUUUCAUCGUGUUAGUUUAAAUGAAUAGUCAAAAUAUUUCAAGAAGUUAAAUAUUUUGUUUAAAUUAUUAUGAUACAUACAAUUUAUUCCUUUUUUUCCUUUUUUUAGUCGAAAAAGAGGGCUCUAUUCUAGAGACAGAAGUAAAUUGUUUCUUAAGCAACACUGUGCUCCUUAUGAUGGUCUGUGGAAAGUAAAGGUAAUACAAAGUUAUUAAAAUAUAUAUUCCGAAAUGUUAUACAUUACUUUUUUUUAGAAAUUUAAAAAUAUGUCAGGGUUUAAAAUUGUUAUUUGAAAUUCUUUCAAAGUAUAUAAUGAUAAAAUAUUUGUGGACGUAUUCAGGAGGCGACUGUGAAGAAACUGCACUUGGCUGCAGCAAAAUUUGAGGAUUUUUUUGCUGGCCCCCUUCCGGAAUUUCAAGUCUCUGCUGUCAAGAAAAAGAAUAAUGCUAAGAGAUCACUAGAUGUCGAUGAAAUUGAUUUAGAUUUGGAGGAAGUUCCAGCUCAUUCAAGCAAAACUGUGAGAAGUAACAAAGGACAACGAAUUAUUGCAGGUAAUAAUGAUAUGUGCAUACUUAAUUAUGUUUUCUCACAUUUAAAGUUGUAAAAUCUCAUAAGAUAGAUCAAAUGCUAAGUCACUAAUUAAUAUGUUGAAGUAAUAAAAGUGAGAAAUACAUUAUUCAAAAAAAUAUCUUUCAGAACGCCAAGUUGCAUACUCACAUAUUCCACCAUCAGAGGAUAAAGUUUUGAUGAAAGAGAAACUUAAACAACAAAAAAUUGAUGACAAACGGAAGACACUUGAAGAAAAGGAAGCUAAAAAAGAAGAAAUGAGGCGUCAGAUUGAAGUUGAAAAAAUGCGUAGAAAGGAAGUAAAAGAUAAGGUCUGUCUUAGCUCGUCUGAUAUAAUUUGUAGCAAUAUGGAACAAAACAUAAAUCAUUCCAUUUUUUAUAUAAAUGGUGUAAAGAAUUUAUUUUUGUAUCUUUUGCAAUCUUAUAAUACUUUGUCUUAUUUUAGUUUUAAAUAAUUCUAUAACAUAUCACAGGAGCGGAUGAAGAAGCUGGAAGAAAAGAAACGGGAGCUUGAAUUAUACAAAGAGUGGUCAAAGCCUAGAGAUGAUCUUGAGUGUGAUGACUUAAAGGUUUGUAUUUGCUUUUGUCAAUUUUAGUAUAUAGUUGAAUAAUUACAUUUGUUGUGUUAUUGAAGUAAUUGAAACAUUAAAUUGUUCUAGGAAAUGCCAGAGUUUGUACCUGUGAGGACCAGAGUUCCAAUGGAAUUAUUUGGUGAUGCUGUCAUGAUCCUUGAAUUUGCACACAUUUUCAAGUCUAUAUUUGACUUUAAACAGUUCUUUCCUAAAGGCUUUACAUGGGGUGAGUAACUUAUUGCAAUAUUAACUUUUACUGUGCUUAAUUUGUUCAGCAGAGCAGUACAUUUUGUUUUUGCCUGCCUCUCCUCCAAAAGAUGGAGCGUUACAAAUGGCCUUAUGUCAUCCCCAUUCAUGAGUAAAUAUCAGGGUUGCUAGCACUUGUCAGCCAAUUAUGGCAGCAGCUUUCUUAGGAUGGAAGCUUACCAAACUAAACAUCUCAACCACUGACGACAGAAUACAGCAACCAAUAAGGUGUGGGAUUAAAAAGAAAGUAAGUUACAAUAUUAAUUUUAAAUUUAAAAAAAAAACCCAACCCAUUCCCCCAAAAAUACUUUAAAAAGCAGUCAGCUGAAAAAUAUAUUGAAUAAAGUGCUACAUGGGGCAGGCAUUUUUAUGUAUGUUGUUAAAAACAAAAGAGAGCUAAUUUUAAAAGUCUAUGAAAUAACCUAAAAAAAACCAUCUAAAAGAUAGGUUACAUCAUAUCAAGCUAAUGAAGUCUAUUGACAGCUGGGGAAAAAAGGGAUGGUGUAGUGUCACUGUAACAAUGACAUUGCCACUGAAACAAACAAAUAUAAAGUGAUAGGGUGCUUAAUGAAAGGAAGGAACUAAGGCACAGUCUUAGUCUUUUACAAACCUAAGCUUUUAAAAAUGUACAAUUCCUUUAAAAACAUCAAAAUAAAACAUUUAUAUUUUCAGCUAACAUCUUGAGCAUUUUUAGAAGGCCAAUUAAUCCGCCACAGAAAGUUGUUAACUAUUAUCAGCAUAUUGGAAGAUUACAGAUUAUUGCAGAUUAAACAGUGCAACCCUAAUAUUAAUGCUACCCAAAAAUCUUUUGUUAUCAGAUGAUUAAUGAUGUUCUUUGUUUUUUAAACUGUUUUUAGGUAUGAUUGAAUCGGCUCUGGUUGACCAUGAACCUGAUGGUCCACUCUGUGAUCUGCUUCAAAUGCUUCUCUGUGCCUUGUUCAAUUUGCAGGAAGAAGAGGCAGAUGAAUAUCAAGAGUUGGAGAAAGAAAAGGAUGACAGUGUUAAGUUGAGUGAGUAACUUAUUUUGUUUUAAUGUAUAAGUGAACCUUCUGUGGAGGUAUCCUUUAAGAUUAUUAGUUUUUUAUAUUUUUUAUCUUGUUGGUGCAGUGAAAAUCAAAAUUCUUCAGCUAAUUUUAGUGAAAUUCCAAUUAAUUUAAUUUAUCUGUCUUUCACUAAUAGGUUAUCUUAAACUUUUUUUGAAAGUAAAGUUAAAAAAAAAUUUUGGUACUAUUUAGAAAUUGACUAUUUUCUUUCUUUACAUAUGGUUCAUUUCAUUGCAAACCAUUUCAAAAUAGUAAAUGCUAACAUUAGGUAACAUUCAUUGAACCUAAAAAAUGAAAUGUGUUUUCAUUACUUUGUAAGGCUUUUUUUUUAGCAUGUGUAAUAACAACUGAGAUUAUUAGAAAAUUAUUUUUAUCUAUGAGAAAUUAAAAAAAUAUUUGCAUUAAAUGCUGAUUUGGUUGCUUGAUAAUAUAAAAAAAAAAAUUGAUCAUAACAAAAAAAAAAAGGAUUUCUCAACUUACAAAGCAUUUGAAAUAAUGUAAAUGUAUUAAAAUGUCACAAGAGAGAGAAACAUUUUGUAUUAUGUUAUCCCAUAAAAUCGUACCUCAUUAAUUUCAAUUAUAUACAUUAAUUUGAGUGGUAAUUUUUCAAUCCUUUGCAUUUUUUAUCUCUUGUCGUAGACGAAGAGAAGGAUGAUGACCUUGAUGAAGAACAAACAACAAAUGAAGUGAUUCGUUCUGCUACAAUAGUGGCACAGUUUUCACAAAAUACAUUAGGUAGUUUGUUUACUAUUCAUAAAUUAUUAUAACAUUCUAUAUCAGAAAACUCUUUUAUUCAUCAAUGCUAUAUUAUUUAAAUUGCACCAAAAGUUUCUUAAUAAAUGUAAGAAUUUUCUUAAUUGUUAAAAAAUUAAAAAAUUUGCCAUAUGCUUCUAUUAUUUUUUUACAGGCAUGCCAUUACGAGAUACUCUCCUGGACCAAUUCACUCUGUCAGAGAUAGUGAGGAUACAUUUGAUGUCAUCUGGUGCAAAGGCAAGCAACAAAAAUGCACGUUUUCGUUACCAGCAAAGAGGAGGCUAUACAUGUCAUGAUGACCCUGGCUUGGAGCUAAAGUUGGGAGAUCCAGGACUGGUCAAAUCCUUGGCAACUAAAAAUGUUUUUGAUUUAACACCUCGUAAGUAUCAUAAUGUAAGAGUGUUAUUUACAGAAAAGAAAAACAGGUGUAACAGUUUGGGAUAGAAUAUUUGCAACCUCUAUCAAAAUCACUUGGAUAUGAGGGAAUACUUCAUAUAUUGCUGUAAUAGUCUUUUAAUGCUAGCUUUACCAGUUACAGGAUUCUCUUGCAGAUGAAAAAGCCAAAGUUAUUAACACUCUCAUACAGCAAAUUCUUACAUUUGCGAUGGUCCGAGACAUGAUUGAGGAAUCUGGAGAAAAGCUCAGGAUCAAGAAGUAUGAUCUCAAACAGCUGCAGUGGGCAGAACAGAGGAGAGAAAGGGAAGAGCAAGCAAACAGGUUUGUGUUAUAAGUUUAUAGGUUAAGUACCAGGUCAUCAAAAAAUUAUGGCCCAGCAAAGGAAUAAUGUGAACCGUCAACAAAAUAUUUAGUCAUUAGUCUGUCCCAUUUUGACCUCUCAAUCCUGAACCACACAAUUUUAAAGAGUAAAAUAUGCUUUAACUUAACAUGUUUUGUAUGCUUACACAGUAAAUGAGAUUUAUCUUAAAAUGACCUCAUUUUCAGAUAUAAGAAAAUGAUGGAGGAAAAAGCUAGGGAACAAGCAAGGAGAAUGCAGCAGUUGAUGGCAGAACAGUCAGGGUAAAUUCCUUGAUGUUAAGAGAGCUUCUUAUGUUAUUUGAUGUGUUAGAAAAACAUUCAGGCUAUGGUAGCUUAAAGUGGAUGCUGGUUCUGUUAUAUUUCUUCAUUCUAUUUUAAAGCCAAGAAUCUCUUUUUAACUUCUUACCGUUUAUAAUUUCAAAAUUCCUCAAUGUUAUUAACAUUCUUUGUCCCAGAAAAACAACAAGUUCUCCAGAACCAGAGGAGAAAUCUUCAGAGCAGAAAGAAGUUGAAAAACAAAAAGAGCAUGAGACAGACACAAGAAAGAAGGCUGAGUUUGCCAAGAAAGAGUAUGAAAUGCUCGAUGAAAUUAUGCUUCUUCAGAGAAUGGUGUCCAUAUACCCUAUUGGUAGAGACAGGCUGUUUCGAAGAUAUUAUUUCUUUUCAUCUUUAAAUGGACUUUUCAUUGAGGACCACGAACUUCAUGUUCCAGCAGCAAUGCUAAAACCAGGAGUUGCAACUGCAGGAGCUGGUUCCAAAGUGAGUAUGAUUGAAGCUGUCAAAGUAAUUGAAUUAACUGUCAAGCUUAAAAGAAAAAUUUGUCUUGUAAAUUUAGUGCAGUGUAAUAAUAGUCUACUGAUUUGUACAUCACACAAAAGUAAUGCAAUAAAUGCUUUGAAUUCUUCUACUACAGGACCUCUUAAAAAUAGUUUAUUUUUAACAUGACAAACUUUCAUGUUCAAAUUAGGUAUUUGGUUUUUAAGCUGUAACAUACAUUCUUAAAAACUAAAUGUAUGAAAUUGUAACUUCUUGUGCUUAUUGCUUAUCAAUGUUUAUGUUUCAGUUGAAACUAUUACCAGAGUUAACAUUUCAGGGGGAAAACAAAGAGAACAGCAAAAAAUCAAAUGGUGAUGACUGCAUUGUUAUCAGUGAUGCAGAAUCUGAUGUCAGUGAAAAGAAGGAAAAUGUGGCAAAAAAAGAGGAGGAAAUGGAAGUUGAUGGUGGCAGUGAAUCCCCCCCUGUUUUAGAAAGUGAAAAACCUUUAUUAGGAAACAAAACACAGUCACAAAAUCCCACGUGGGCAUUCAUAGACACUUCUGAGCACCUUGAAGCUCUGAUAGCAUGUUUGAACACAAGAGGUUUCAGGGAAUGUGCCCUCAGGUCAGCCUUGCAAGAGCUGCGGUCCAUUCUGGAUCACUCUCUAAAAGAUUGUCCCACUGAUAUGCUGAGCUUACCAGAAGAUGGAGGAGAGGAGAAGGCAAGAAUACAAGUGAGUAAAAUUUCUCCCUGUUUGUUGCACUUUUAGUUGAUGGUUAAACAUUUUUGUUAAGUUAAUAUCAUUUUAAAUAUUGGUAGUUGUAGUAGAUGAUUUUUGAUUUCAUGUUUUACUUGUUUCCUUACAGGCACUUGCUAUGACUCGGGGGAUAUCUAGCAAAAAGGCAGCUCAGGACGCUCUGAUACUUGACAAAGCAGAAGUAACAAUGGAGCUCAAUCUCCGAGAUGCUAUAUUGGAUAUGGAAGAUAGGAUACAUGUUGGAGCUCUUGGUACUCUGAAGGUAGGUUGUAAUUUAAGGCCUCUGAUGACUGAAUAGUUUAAAUACCUACUUGUACAACCUGUAAUUCUAAUAAUUUCGUAAGGCCACAGAAUGUGGGAUGUAGUGCAAUUACUUGCAUUGAUUUAUUUUAGAUAGAGAAUCUACUUAUCCAAUAUUGUAGUAUUCUAUUAUCAGACCUGUUUACUCUUACGAUUUUGGCGUACAAUGUACGAUUUUGAGGUGUAAACAUUAUAUAUAAUGUAUGUUUAUUUUUUACUAUAAAUCUAAGGUAUUGAACGAUUUUGUGAUGACAUUGUACGAUUUUAAGAGUUUGAGGGUUAACAGGUCUGUAUUAUUACAUUUAUUUUGCUACAGCUCUUUUCAUCCGGCUGCCCCUGAUUAAGAUAAAUAUCAAAACAUUUACCAUUAACAUCUUUUUUGCAUGCAUACACAGGUGAGAAAUAGAUCAGCAUGGAGAGAUGCAAUUUUACAUCGCCACUAUGACUGCCAGUCAGAUGACCCACUUUUCAUGCCCCCUGUUAAACCACACAUAAAUGGGUAAGGAGUUGGUCAUGUUUUUUUUUAAUUGCCACAUAUUUUUAAAGAGAAAUAAAAAAAAGUAUUUAUAUUUAAGCCUAAUUUAAAAAAAAUUAUGCUUAAACAUCUUUUUGUUAGAUUAAAUGUGUAGAAAGUAGCUGUAAAGUACAUUUUGGAUAGAAAAUAAAAUGAUACUAUAAUGUGGAAAAACAGUGUUUUUGGUAAGAAAAAGUUGCAAUUCUAAAUAAAUAUUUAAAAAUUCUGGAAUGUUUAUAAAUGAUCUUUAUGUUCUUAUUUCCUUAUUUAGAGGACAUGAUGUUGGAGGGGAAAUUUCGGAUGUUGACUUUGUGGCAAGGGAUCUUGCUAAGGCUCUUGUACAGAUUGCCAGGGGGGUCGAGCCAAGGUUUAUGAAAGAUCCACUGAGUAAGUUCACCAUUUAUAAAUACAAAUUAAAACAUCAUUUUUAGAAUUUUAAAAUAAAAAUAAAUCCAAUUUUUUAUAUGAAAUACUCUUUUUAUGUUAAGCAUUAUGUUAAAUUUUUGUAAAUGCCCAAAGCUGUAAACUAAAUUGUCGGUUAUGUUUUCAGAGGAGGAUGACUCUAAGAAAAAGAAGCCAUCAUCUAAAGAUAAAAAGAAAAAGGAAGAUGGCGAAAACUCAGAUGGUUUGUUCACUAGUUGCUUCGUUGCAUAAAUUAAAAUGUUAUCAACCUUAAAUGUAAUGAAUUUAAUGAAAUCGCUAUAUACAUGGAUUUAAUGAAAUCGCUACAUACAUGAACCUAUUCAGGAUAUCUUGUGAAUUUUAUUGAUAUACAAAUAACAUUUAAUAAAUGUUGCUUGGAAUAUUGCUGUUUCAAUACCAACUUUUUGUUCCAACAGAGGAGAACUCAGGGUCCAAAGUCAGCAGAAGUUUGUAUGAGCGCUGGGAGGAGUCACUCCUAUCUGCUACAAGCUUAUCUCAGGUUUAUCUACAUCUAGCUACGUUGGACAAAAGCAUCAUUUGGGCAAAAUCCACACUGGAAACAAGGUGUAAACUUUGUAGAAGGAAAGGGGACCCUGAAAAAAUGUUACUUUGUGACGGCUGUGAUAGAGGUCAUCAUAUGUAUUGCUUGAAACCUCCAAUGGAAGUAAGAAUACUCAAUUGUGAAUUGGUAGACUUUAGAUAAUCUUAGAAUAUCUACUUAUUCCAUAUUGUAAAAUUCUAUAUAAUUGUAAUUCAAAUUUUAUAUGAAUUAGUGAUAUCUCAUUUACCUGUACAUUUAAUUAAAAUUUAAUUGGGUCUUGCUGAAUGUUGUUUUGUUGCUGUUAUAGACAGUUCCUGUUGGUGAUUGGUUUUGUUCUGAAUGUCGUCCAAAACAAGCACCUAGAAGUCCAAUUAGGAAAGGCAGGAGGAAAACUUUCAUGGAGUCAGAGCAGGAAGAAUCACCAGAUGAGGCAGAAGAAGAUGAAUAGUAAGGAAGGUUUUUUAACUAAUCUUGUAAGCUGUUAUGUAAAAAUUGUUACCAAUUAAAUUGCAUCAAGGACAUAAAGCAGCAUAAUAAUAAUGUAUCUAUGAGUUGAUGGGUUUGUGUGCCAUGGAAAAUUCUCUUCAGGUGUUAAUUAUUAGGGUCAUCAUGGACUAAUUAAACAAAGUGGGAAAGAAAUGACAUUUCCUUUGAUCUGUUUGUUCUAAGUUACAUAUAAAGUUUCAAUGCUCAUUGAUGUAAUGAAGCUAAAUUUACUUCAUUAUAUGUUCAUGCAUGAUAAAUUCCCAUUAUCAUUUUGCUCAGUGAGGAGGAAGCAGAUGUUACAGGUCAAGAUGAUGAUGAUGAAGAAGAACUUGAUGAUAAUGAUGAAUCACAAGACAGUGAUGAUAGACAGUUUGAUGAGGAGGAUGAAGUUGAUGAUGAGUUAAAAGAGAACCCAGAUGAGGAUUUCUGUGUGGGAUGCAAAACUCCAGGAAUGCUGAUUUGUUGUGAUUGUUGUCCAAGAGCAUAUCACCUUCACUGUGCCAAGCCUCCCUUGAAAAAGGUAAACAUCACAGACAUAAAACAUUUAUUUGUUUCUUUGCAUUGAUGCACAUGCUAAAUGUGUUAAGUUGCCCGAGUCCUGCUGUUAAGUUAUAAGAUGCCUUAUUCUUUCAUUUUAAAUUAAAUUUUCUGGUUCAGGUUCCAAAAGGCAAAUGGAUGUGUCAAGUUUGUAUGGGCAUUGACAGAACUGGUAAAAUCAAGAUUGGGGGUGGUGGCAGAGGUGGAAAAAUCAAAGGAAAGGGCAAAAGCACAGAAAAACUCAAAGGUAUUGAAAUAUGGAUAAUUCCUAUUUUUAAAAGCCAUAUAUUAACUGAAAGGUGAAUGGUUUGUUCAUCAACAUUGAUCUGGUUUAUUUCUUCUUAUUAAAGAUAUAGUUGAUAAAAUGGACAUUGUGUAGUCAUGUUCACCUGUUUUAUAUAGGUAAAGAAAGAAGAUCUGGCAGCAGUGGCAAGUAUACACCCAAUGACAACCGUCUCUUCUCAAAAAAGGAAACUCCCAGAGCAAGUCCUGUAUUAGGAAGACCAAGAAAACACCCUAUAUCUUUGUUGGGUAAAGAAACAACUAAGCAGGCAAAAACAAAGAAAGUAAAAUCACUUUCUAGGUUCUCAUUAGAUUCUUUAGAUGGUAAGUAAUAGUCAUUGUUCAAGUGAAGAGAUGUGUUUGAUCAGUUUGCUAAUUUGAAUAAAAUUGGAGCUUUUUUGUCCUGAAAGGAUUUAAAAAUACAUAAAAGGCUCUACAAGAUAUGUAAAUGUUGAUAUGUAUAGAUGUAAUCACACAUUUAUAUUUAUUUAGUGAUCUCAAAGUGACAUACACUUAAAGCGGGAAGUUUUGACUUCUUCCUAGUGCUUGGCCACAAAUUUCUCUAGGGCUUUUUUUAAGCUUACAGAAGAUGUGAGACUGCUAUAUCUUGGUUGCCUUGAUUUUUUUAUUCAAUUUUUUUGGGCGCUACUUAACUUUUUUAACAUCUAAAAAACGGUUGUUUAAUUAAUUUGUUAAUACAUUUUUUCUUAAGAUUUCUUAUGUUUUAAGUAACUUAUUUGAUUCUAUUUGGAUCAAUGCAGAUGAAAAUCCCAUGAUCCGUUUAAUGAAACCAAUCAUGCCAAGUUCAAAGAGAGCAAACAAUCAGCAGCAGCAACUGAGAACAGCUGAGGAACUCAUUAAUGAACUGAUCAAGCAUGAAGAUGCCUGGCCCUUCUUGAAACCUGUAGAUAAAAAACUGGUAAGUUGAGCUGUAAAAUAGUAAGUGACUUUGAAGGCUUGACGUGUGUGCAUUUAGUUAAUUUGUCAACAUUUAGCUUCAUGACAUUUUAAAAAAUAUAGGAGAAUGUUUUGUACAAAUAAAUGUAGCUUCUUGAAGCAUCACUGAGUUAUUGAAAAUGAACGUUCGGUUUCUUCCAGGUGCCAGAUUAUUACAAUGUUAUCAAAAGACCCAUGGAUUUUGGAACCAUCAGGAAUAAAAUUCAUGCUUUUACAUACCAGAAACCAUCAGAAAUGCUUGAUGAUGUGAGACUCAUUUUUAACAACUGUAUUGAAUAUAACAACAGGACCAGCCCUGAGUAUAAAGCAUAUUUUCGUCUUUGUAAAUAUUUUGACAAAAGGGUCAAAGAACUGUCACUUCUUGAAGAUGUGCCCACGCCUGUUAAAAAUAAUCGUGGCCGUGUAUCUGUUUGACCUUAAACAAUCUAUAGUUUUUCACUUUGGGAGCUAUGGAUCAACUAUAAAUUUAAUGUGCUGCAUACCAUGAAGAACUCUUCAUUUUAAUUGCUGCCGAUGCUGAACCGAGAUGUUUCUUCAAAUAGAACGGUGACAUACAAAAGUACAGAUUGCAGGGAGACAAAUUUAUCGAUUGUUAAUAUUUUAGUUUCUUUCUUCUUUCAACACAAGAAGAGUUUUUUCUUCUAUUCUUUCUCUUAACUAUUUACAUCUACUGAUAAUCUGUUACAAUGUCACUUUGAAAAAUAAUACUUUUGAACUAAAGACCAUGUCAUAAUUCGUAUACUGCAAUAUUGUUACUAGACCAGCCUUAGUGACUUUUGGAUAAAUUUGUGUUAUCUUAAUCGGUGAUUCUACUGAAAGAGAUUGUAGAAUUAAUUUAUGUACAUUUAUUUGAGCUUAUGUUCACUAAACCUUUAUGAAAGUUGUUGGUGUAAUGUAUUACUGCUUAUUUAUGAAAUGAAUAAGAGGUAAAUAAUUUAAUUACAAUAUGUUUAUUAUCACCAUUAAACUUAUUUUAAAAAAAACUUUGUCAUAGUAAAUACAAUAUGGAUAAACUUUUUAAUUUUUUAAAAAUAGAUUUUGUAAUUUAGUACCCCUUGCAGGGGCUGCUUAAAAUUAGCCAAAAUUGAAAUUAAAGGGCGAGGGGCUUUGAAUGAUCAUUAAAUAUCGGAUUGACGAGUCAUAAAAUAAAUAUUCACAUAAUCAGAAAAAUUUCAAACUUGUAAUUGAAAAAAAAUUCAAUAUAUCACCAAUAUUAAGGAUAUGUAACAGAAAUUUGACUUAAAUUUCAUUUCGCCGCUUGAAAAUUAUCAGUUCAAUUACCCUUGUUAGUAAAAAUUGCUCUCCUGAUAAAUAAAUUCUAUCAUUAACCUUUUUUAAAAAAAAAAAAUUGUCAUUAAGGAAUUAGCAAUCCAGUCAAUUUUCCGGGAGUUGCGGAUUUUUAGAUAUCAGAUCAGUUGUGAAAAACUAAAACUCAAAGAAUAUUCACGUUUAGUAAUGGUUUUUUAUGAAGCACAAGAAUAAUUCACCUUUUUAUAUAGCAGCACAAAAAAAAAGAUGGUUUAUGGUAUGGUAUUUAUUUUAUAUUCGCAGAACCUUUUAGACACUUUUGUAAGGAAAAAUUAUUAAAUAUUUAUAUAUAAAUGUGUAUAUGAUGGGUUUUGUGGCCUUUCUCUUUUUGAUACAGAAAUUUCUUGUUCUAAAUCUGGAAAUUUAAUUAUAGUGGACUUUGCUGCAUACAUUCCUCACAUGGGCUUUACAUUAACUCAUGCCAUAUUGUAGAAUGCAUUUUUCAAUCUUAUUUAAUACUUAAUCUAUUGCAAGAUAUAUCAGAAUGGGAAUGACACCAUUAAGAAAUAAUGUUCUGUAGUGAAGCAAUUAUGGCAUCUUUUUAAAUGAUGGACUUGAAGACCAUCUGCUACUUGUUAUGACUAUAAAAUUAAGUUCACAAAAUUAUAUCUUAAAUAGAAUUAUAUUGUGGAUUAAAUGGGAAGCAAUUUUAUUUUAAAUUAAAAACAUUUGGGACUUAUAAUAUUCUGUAUUAUUAUUAUUCAAUAUUUUCUUAGAAUGAAGUUUUAAGGAGAUUUUUUGAGAUUGAGUUGAAAGCAGCUGUUGCAUGAAUACAUAUUCUUUUAAGUUUAAGUAUUCUUUUAUGCCUUCGAGAAUGUUAUUAAUUGCUAAGUGAUGAUGCAGAGAGCAACUAUUACUAAAUUUUGUUAAAUAAAUUAAAAUGAAUUUUACUUUAAAAACUGAAUUGAAAGUGAGAAUAUGAUGAAAGGUGAGAUGUAGUGUUUGUGCUUUCACUUUUAAUAGUUGUUUACAUUAAAAUUAAAGAAAACCAUUGAAGAAUUCUAGGCUUCAACUUAAAUUCUUGGCUUCAUUUUAACUGUUUAUGUGGCCGUGAUAUUGAAAUUGUGCAUGCUGGCACUUUAUACAUAAUCAUAAUAUUAAAUAUUAUGCUGGCACCGGUUUUUUCAUUAUGCUGACACCUCAUUGAUCAUAUUAUGUCAUGUUUUUUAAAUGAAAUAAAAUUAGGGUUGCUACACAUUUUGCUGUUACUUGGUGCAUGCUGAAAGAGAAGUUUGUUUUAGAAUAUACAUUUUCUUGUCAUUUCUUUUAGGUACAUUCAAGAGAACCACCUAUAAUAACUUUUCAUAAGACUUGUUAUUUAUGUGUUUUAUUUCUAGAACAUGUAUAAGAAGAAGGGUUCAAUUCAGCAACUCAUAAAAGACAUCAUGG